CAUCGUACCCUCGGUGAUCAUCUCAUGCUCGGCGCUUGCUUGUCAAAGAAGCUCGUCGAGCCGCUUCAGACCUUUCUGAUCUUUCAGUCAUGGAUGCCCGCAUGCGCAAUGCAGUGGGUUUGAAGUAGAGUGGUUGUAUGCCAUGGGUAUUGCAAUGAAAGAGCCACAGAUCAAACAUCACGCUAAAGCAGUUCCUGCUGCCACGCAACCCAGAAGGGGCCCUCUUGCGAUGCGCAUUCCCAACCCUCCUCGACGAUCCGCCUCGGGCCCGCGGGAUCGAGUGCGAGAGCGACGGCCCACUGCUGCGCGUGCGUUCCUCGAAGCAAGGCCUGAACGCAUCGCGUCAAGUGUGCAAACUCUGCACUUGAGGAUGCACGCUUCGUCUCGUUCUGCACUUUCGCUGCCAUUUGUUGUCGUGCCCAAGUAGCUCGCACAGCCGCCAAGAUCGCAUCCGCAGUCGUUCGUGUGCCUUCCCAGCCGCCUUGAGGAGCGCAAGCCUGCAGCGCUCGCAGAGCGGCGUUGGACCAAACAGCGUCGUUUGCCCCAGAUGCUUCCGGCAACACGCUCGAGCUCAGUCCGAUCUCCACCAGCGCUCUCCUCGCAAAGAUCCUGG